UUAAAAGAAAUAUUACAAAUCUGUCAUAUACUAUAUAUUAUUACACUAUUAAAGUCAAAAAUAAAAGUUCAUUUGGUUGGUCAGUUAGUUGAGUUUGGUGAAUCGUUUGGUAUUCGACCCACGGAGCUCUUGAAUUUAUAACAUAUUAUAAUAUAAUUUUAUUAUCUAUUAAACCGAAACAUUAAAUUUAGGUUAGUACGAUGGGUCGGUAUUUGGUUUCAUGUGCCUCUUUAAAUUAUAAUAAACAUUAAAAGUUUGUUCGGUCGGUACUUGGGCCGAAUUAUGUUAAUCUUUAUAAUACCUCCAUUCUGUUUCUUCUCCCAUUAUGCACUUUUGAUACUUACCACAUUCUUGCUUACAUUUGAACCUACUUCUAACAUUUGAACCUACUUCUAUUUGAAUUCAACAAAACCCCUAUUUAAAGGGCCAACACUGUUUCCUUAUUCCUUAUCUUUGUUUUUCCUUUCCUGUCGCGUCUUGAUUUCUCUCCGUCGUGUCCACCAUCUCGCUGGUCACAUCCUGUCAUGGCGUCUGAAAAUAAACGUCAUAACACCCUCAAAGCUCUCCCCGGAAGCUACAAGCUCUGGUACGCUUAUUUACGACGUCGUCUCGAAUUGGUUCGAAACUUUCCCAUUACUCAUUACGAAUAUAAAUCGCUUAAUAAUACUUUCGAAAGGGCUUUAGUUACUAUGCAUAAAAUGCCGAGGAUUUGGAUUAUGUAUUUGUCGACUUUGACUGAUCAGAAGUUAGUAACGGCGACUAGGCAGUGUUUCGAUAGGGCAUUGUGUGCGUUGCCUGUUACGCAGCACGGUAGGGUUUGGGAGAUUUAUUUGGCGUUUGUGAGGCAAAGAGGGGUUCCGAUUGAGACGGCGUUGAGGGUUUAUAGGAGGUAUUUGGAGUAUGAUCCCAGCCAAAUUGAGGAGUUGAUUGAGUUUUUGGUGGACUCGGAAUUGUGGCAGGAGGCGGCGGAGAGGUUGGCGGGGGUUUUGAAUGACGAUACGUUUUGUUCGAUUAAAGGGAAGACGAAGCAUGAGUUGUGGUUGGAGUUGUGUGAUUUGUUGACCCAGCGUGCCAAUGAGAUCUCGGGGUUGAAUGUGGAUGGGAUUAUUAGGGGUGGGAUUAGGAGGUUUACGGAUGAGGUUGGGAGGUUGUGGAUAUCGUUGGCGGAUUAUUACAUUAGGAGGAAGUUGUUGAUGAAGGCGAGGGAUGUUUUUGAAGAGGGGAUGACAAUGGUUAUGACUGUGAGGGAUUUUAGUGUGUUUUUUGAUGCGUAUUUGCAGUUUGAAGAGAGUAUGCUUGCUUUGAAGAUGGAAGAUAUGAGUGAGAGUGAGGAAGAGGAGGGGGAAGGAUCGAUGGUUGAGGAGGAGGACGAUGAUGAAGGGGAUCGGUUGAAUGUUGGAGAUAUUAAGUUGAAGAUUAAAAAGCUUUGGCUGUCGGAUGAUAGAGAUUUGAAUUUACGGUUAGCUCGGUUGGAAGAUCUUAUGGAUAGGAGGCCAGAAUUAGCUAAUAGUGUGCUGCUUAGGCAAAACCCUCAUAAUGUGGAACAGUGGCAUAGGAGAGUUAAGAUAUUUGAAGGUAACCUUGCUAGGCAACUGGAGACCUAUACGCAAGCUGUACGGACUAUUGAUCCGAUGAAAGCUGUGGGAAAGCCUCAUACUCUGUGGGUUGCCUUGGCUAAAUUGUUUGAGACUCACAAUGGUAUCAAUGAUGCUAGGGUGAUAUUUGAUGAGGCUGUACAAGUAGGCUACAAAGCUGUGGAUAAUUUGGCUAGUGUUUGGUGUGAAUGGGCAGAGAUGGAACUAAGACACAAAAAUUUUAAGGUAGCACUUGACGUGAUGAGGCGGGCUACAGCUGAACCAUCAGUUGAGGUCAAACGUAGAGUGACUGCUGAUGGCAAUGAACCUGUUCAGAUAAAGCUGCACAAGUCCCUCAGGCUUUGGACAUUCUAUGUUGACUUGGAGGAGAGCUUAGGUACCUUGGAGUCAACUCGUGCAGUGUAUGAGAGGAUAUUGGACCUAAGGAUCGCCACACCCCAAAUUAUAAUCAAUUAUGCUAUGCUCUUGGAAGACCACAAGUACUUCGAGGAUGCUUUUAAGGUCUAUGAGCGAGGCGUGAAGAUAUUUAAAUAUCCACAUGUAAAGGAUAUAUGGGUGACUUAUCUUUCUAAAUUUGUUAAAAGAUACGGAAAGUCGAAGCUUGAACGAGCCAGAGAGCUAUUUGAGCAUGCUGUUGAAAUGGCUCCAGCUGAAUCAGUGAAGCCUUUGUAUUUACAAUAUGCUAAAUUGGAAGAGGAUUACGGUCUAGCCAAGCGAGCAAUGAGUGUUUAUGAUCAAGCAACAAAGGCUGUUCCUGCCUGUGAAAAAUUGAGUAUGUACCAAAUAUACAUAGCCCGCGUGGCUGAAAUAUUCGGGGUACCAAAAACUAGGGAAAUAUAUGAGCAAGCAAUAGAAUCUGGGCUUCCAGACAAGGAUGCUAAAACAAUGUGUAUAAAAUAUGCUGAACUUGAGAAGAGUUUAGGAGAGAGAGAUCGCUCGCGUGGAGUAUACAAGCAUGCAUCUGAGUUCGCAGAUCCAAGAUGUGAUGCAGACUUUUGGUGCAAGUGGCAUGAAUUUGAGGUUCAACAUGGUAAUGAAGAUACUUUUAGGGAGAUGCUACGUAUCAAAAGGAGUGUUACUGCAAAGUAUAGUCAGUCGCACAUUCUUCUUCCUGAGUAUAUGAUGCAAAAGGAUCUAAAGCCUAAUUCAGAGGAAGCAAUGGACCCUCAGAAGAGAAAUGGAAUUCUUGGUGAUGAUAUGGCUGCUCUUGAGAGGCAACUAGCACCUCCUACAAAUGAUGCUGCCGCUAAGGAUAGCACACGGAUGCUGGGCUUUGUGAGCGCAGGAGUUGAGUCGCAGACCGAAGGAGGUCUGAUGGUUGCUGCUAAUAAAGAAGACAUAGAGCUGCCAGAUGAAAGUGAUAGUGAGGACGAAGGUAAUAUUGAGAUCCCCCAGAAAGAUAUUCCAGAAACAGUUUAUGGUGGUAUACGGAAAAGAUCCGCAGAAGAUGAAGAUGGUGACAAGGGUAAGGAGGAGGAAGAUAAACUUGGUGCUCUUGUGCGUAUAAAAAGAAUGAAGCUAGGGUCAUAAAGAAUGGAUUUCAGAAGUUCUGUUUCUCAGUGUUGUGGAGCACCCUAAUCUUGUAAAACUAAUUGGAUAUUGUGCUGUUGAUGGAGAAAGAGGAAUCCAACGGCUACUUGUAUAUGAGUACAUGCCAAACAAAAGCCUCGGAGACCAUAUGUUCAACAAGGCCUAUGUGGCUCUUUCUUGGGAUAAAAG